AUGUCGUGUACGCAGAUUCGAUGUCCAGCGUCCGACUCUUUACGACAAAUCCGCCCAAACCAAGCCAGGACAGCCGCCCAGAUACUCCCGUCGAGGAAGCCCAGUCAUCAGCUGAUUAGACCAUGCAAUAUGGUGAAGACCACGGAAAGAUACGCUGGCGGCCACUUACCACUCACGUCCUCGACGCUGUCCGCAAAGCAUACCCUAGCAGUCCGGCCUUUGACGAGAAGGAACCCGCACGCUUCCAAACACACUGGCGUAAUGUCUUUGAGCAGAUGCGAAAAGACAUCUCAGCCGAUGAUAGCAUCGACAAGUACUUGACCGACCCGCCGGUCGAAAAAGCCAACGUCUUGCUCUUUGACACCUUGCACAGCCUCGGCUGCUGCUGCUGCCACCCGGACAAUGAACCUAAUAUCGUGCUGGAGAGAGAGGGUGGAAUUACAAAAGAAGACUUUGUGGACGGUCUAGCGGCUUAUCUCUAUGGGUCAGGGCUACCCAAGGUAUACAUCGAGCCUGAACCCUAUAUGGAUGACGCGGGUGAGGCAAGUCGUGCUGCCGAAGCUGAAGACGAAGACGAAGACGAAGGCGAGGACUUUACAAACAACGAAGGGGUACUGAUCUAUGAUUGUGGUUGGAUAUCCCAGGGCGGCGGCCAGACGUAUCAGAAGCACCCGAAUAUCUUCAUGUACUGCUAUGGAGGCAAUAAAUUUGAGGAUUACCAGCUCGAGAGGAAGAACAGCGAUGCUUCCGCCGUCGCAGUGGAGGACUCUAGAGUUGACUAAGGUGUAUGUCGAGCUCAAGGCUAUUAGUCUCGUACAGAAAACUCAACUCCUGGGUGCAUAUUGAAAGUCAAUGUCGCCUAUGUACAUUCAUGUUUGAAAUCGACUUACUCCUCUUUUACUCUACCUUACCCAAAGUUCAUACCAAAAUCGCCAUGCAGAUGCUGACCUCUAUGUCUAGUGUAAAUGCAAUCGCCUUUCACAAGAUGAUGCUCACUUUUCGCUCUUGUUC